AUGUCAACAGGACGUCCUCUGCCUCGUCCUUUCGAACUGCCCGACCCUGUCUGUGAUACAGAGGUUGAUUUAACCGUUAUCGUAUAUGGCUCCUGCUCCAGAGAUCCUUCCGAUAUGGAGGAACGCUUCUCGAAGGACGAACAAGAACAACGCCGGUUGGAGGUAUACCUUAGACCCGUCAUUCCAGCCAGUCAAAUGUACACCGUCUCAGACCGUCGAAAUGCGAUCAGGCCCUAUGUUUUGAGCAUUCAAAUCGACUUGAAGCACAAUAGACCGUGGAGAUGUGAAUUUUGUACCAAAUUUGCACGAGAGUCGGUCUGGAUGACAAGCGAAUGGUUGCAGCUUAAAACACCUAGCAUGGUCAGCUAUGUUCAUCUGGUCUGCAAUUCAGAAAUCGGCGAAUGUGCACAAACUCUGUCUGCCAUCAACUCAGAAAUGCAAUCAUUGGCAGGUGCUCCUCCCAGACCUCUGCCUAAGCUAUCUCGGAAUGGCACAAAAUAUCCAAUGGCAGCCAGCUGCGUGAACUGCAACAACGAAGCAAAGGAGAGUCGUAAGCACUUGAAGCAAUGCAACCGCUGCAAGAUUACACGGUAUGUCGAACGCCUGGGCGUAAUAUUCACAUCUACUGGUAAUCACACAGGGCAGAGUGUUUAG